CGCGCUUUGGUUCCGCGCAUGCGCAGUCCCGUCUGAAUUUUGAAACAGAAUGGCGGUGUUGCUAGAAACAACAUUAGGCGACAUCGUAGUGGAUUUAUACACCGAGGAAAGACCCAAAGCCUGCUUGAACUUCUUGAAGCUGUGUAAAAUCAAGUACUACAACUACUGCCUCAUUCACAAUGUCCAGAGAGAUUUUAUCGUCCAGACUGGAGACCCUACAGGCUCUGGCCGAGGAGGAGAGUCCGUGUUCUGUAAGCUGUACGGGGAUCAGGCGCGCUUCUUCGAUGCUGAGAAGGUUCCACGGAUCAAGCACAAGAAGAAGGGCACCGUCUCCAUGGUGAACAAUGGCAAUGAGCAGCACGGUUCUCAGAUUUCUGUGAUCUGACUCUGGAUCCCAGCACAGUAAAUUAUUACCUCAUUCUGUCUGAGAGGAACAGAGCGGUGUUACGCAGUGAGAGACAGCAGCAGUACUCUGAUCAUCCAGAGAGAUUUGAUUCCUUGUGGCAGGUGUUGAGUAAGGAGAGUGUGUGUGGACGCUGUUACUGGGAGGUGGAGUGGAGCGGUUAUGGUGUGUUCAUAUCAGUCUCAUAUUCCACACCACUCAGAGUCCACACCACAUUCACUCAGCCUCUAUACGCUGGGUUCUUGCUGCACUCUCAUGGAUCAACUGUAAGGUUAUUUGAUCCAAAAAAAAAAAUCUAAAAAUGAAAUUACUCCAUAAUCGCUGACCAUUAACUUUUCAUAAAUUUUACUGAUUUUUAAACUGUAUGAAUUUUAAAUGAAAUCACAUUCUAAUAAACAUUUACAUUUUCUUUCAUGAUUACUUGUAAAUUGAAUUGAUGAAGCAUAACUUCCCACAUGAUGCUGCCACCACCAUGCUUCACUGUAGGGAUGUUGUUCUCAGGGUGAUGUGCAGUGUUGGCUUACAACCAAAUGUUGGCCAAACGUUCAAUUUUGGUCCAUUAGACCUAGUAAACUUUUUCAACAUGUUUGCUGGAGGUUUUUCUGGUUUAUCCUGGAUGGAGGGAUUAGAAAUCAUUACAGUAUUUAGUUUUAUAGAGACGAGGCAAACAGUUCUACACAUAGCAUGUUCACUGGGAACAUUCUGUACACAAGACUUUAAUCUUUAUGAUUACAGAAGCAGUUUUAGGGGGCAAAGCUACAGUAUUCAGGUGAUGUAUUCAAGCAGAAUGAUGAGUAUUAAGACUUUUUUUUUUUUUUUUUUGAAAGCGCAAGUCUUUAAGCUAUCCACAUCUGUUCUGCUCCUUGUUAUACAUUUCAUUAUUUCAGAUACUAGUAAUGAACCUGCACUUUUUUAUUAUUAUUAUUAUUAUUAUUAUUAUUAUUAAAGCAGACAUGAUGGAUCCUAAUAGGCCAAAAUUCUGCUAAGGUUCUGUGGAGCAAGACUAGAAGAUUGUGGUUUAUGGUAGUUUAAGCUGCACUUAAAUCAAGCAACGAAUGCAAAAAGACUGAACUUUGAUCAGAGGCCAAUGGUCGGUAAUUUACUACUUUAAUCAACGCUGUUUCAGUACUGGUAAAGUCUAAACCCUGACUAAAAGAUUUAACGUGUUCUUUUACUUUACCAUGGUGGUAAAUUUAAAUGAGUAAUGUGGACUGUAAUAAGUAUGUAUGAAGUUACUGGAAAACUGUAUAAUCCUUUAUUUUUAUAAAAUAUAACCCCAAACAUCUGUAAAAUAAGACUGUAUUCUGUCAUUUGUUGUCAUGUAUCAAGAAACUCUGGACUCCAGUUCCCAUCAGCCACUGCACUGCACUAGCUGUCACAUGACCACCUGCACCUGAUUCACGUUUUGUUAAUGAGCACUCGUGUGUAUAUAUAGUCAUUGUCUGCACUGUUUGCUUGUCUUUCGUUGUCCUAGACUCUUGUCGUUUAUGUCUCGGUGUUUUGUUUCAUGCCACAGUGUUAUACCAAGUUGUCUUAGUGGCUUUGUUUCGUAAUACGUUUGUUUAAAUAAAUGUCAUUCUCUGCACUUGCUUCUGCCUCAACCUCAAUACAUGACAGAACAAAAGACCCAUUAUCAGAACCAGCAGAUCACCAAGAUGGACGCCUGGUUUGCAGCAUAUGAGGAGUGGUAUAGAGGACUAUUGGAGCAGGGUAGAAGGACAGAUGAACUACUCGCUCAGAAUGACCGCAUGCUCUGGCUGCCGCGGCGGGACAGACCAUGCACCAGGUCACCACUGGCAAUGUUCACAAAGGAGUACGCCAUGCCACGCCGACAGGAGGGGGAGUCUGUGGUCGGGGCUGACACCAACUCCCACCCUCUCUCCCCUAUUAUGGCUCUCGCUCAGCCUUCAUGUUCAGUGGAGGACAUCGCUCUGCCUCCACGUUCCGUGAGAGACGUCGCUCCAUCUCCUACCGGACUCAAGGAGUCCCCACUGUUCAGCUACCACAAAGUCGCUCUGCCUCCCUGGUCAGCUGUGGACGUCGCUCAGCCUUCCUGUUCAACUGUGGACGUCACUCAGUCUUCCUGUUCAAUUGAGGUGGUCGCUCAGCCUCCCUGUUCGGCUGUGGACGUCGCUCAGCCUCCCUGCUCGGCUGGGGUCGUCGCUCUGCCUCCCUGCUCGGCUGAGGUCGUCGCUCUGCCUCUCUGCUCCACCGAGGACGUCGCUCCGCUGUCCAGCUCCGCCGAGGACGUCGCUCUGCUUCCCUGCACUGACGAGGACGUCGCCCCGCUUUCAAGCUCUGGCGAGGACGUCGCCCCGCUUUCAUGUACUGCCGAGGAAGUAUCUCUGCCUCCCUGUGCCGUUGUGGAAGCCGCUCAGCCUCCUGGUUUUGCUGGGGACAUUUUGCCCAGGGGGCCAGGACCACCAGAUGGAGGAAGUAUCAUUUUGGGCGCUCCAGGAGUAGCGCCCUUAGGGGAGGGUUCUGUCAUGUAUCAAGAAACUCUGGACUCCAGUUCCCAUCAGCCACUGCACUGCACUAGCUGUCACAUGACCACCUGCACCUGAUUCACGUUUUGUUAAUGAGCACUCGUGUGUGUGUGUGUGUGUGUGUGUAUGUGUGUGUAUAUAUAGUCAUUGUCUGCACUGUUUGCUGGUCUUUCGUUGUCCUAGACUCUUGUCGUUUAUGUCUCUGUGUUUUGUUUCAUGCCACAGUGUUAUACCAAGUUGUCUUAGUGUCUUUGUUUCGUGGUACGUUUGUUUAAAUAAAUGUCAUUCUCUGCACUUA